AUGUUUCAACUCAAUAUUCUUAUGGAUACUUUAUUAUUACCUUCAAACGGUAUGUCGUUGCGUGAUGAUGACUUUAUUGAAUUUGCUAAGAAUGAAGCUGGCUGUGCAGCUGCUGCUCUACUUGAAAUACAAGGUAUUAAUUGUAUCAAGUCGUUGCUGAUGACCGAUAAUGUUUAUGCCGUUAUGGAGGUGAAGAUAUUUUCAUUAGAUAUAGCAUCAGAUGGAUCAUCGACAAUAGCAAAACCAACAUCAUUUGUUCCAUCCAAUGGUUCGCCAGAAAUAAGAGCAUUCAAAUCUUCUAAUUUAUCGGUGGAUCAACAUAAAGCAUAUACUGGGCUCCGAUUCGUCCUAUAUUUCCUAUAA